CAGACUUAGGAGCUAUAGUACAGGACACUGCUCACAUAGCGAGGAGGAGUGGUGACGCACUUUGCAUCAAUAAUGCCGCCGAUGAACGACAUUGUGAUCGAGGAAGAGCUCCGGGACAACGACGUCGAUGGCAACGUGACAGCCACGGCCAAGCGGACGCCAACACGGCUACCUACUCCGUUAGUCCGGAGUGCGACCGUCGGCGCCCUCGUUCCACCGUCAUCCCUUACCAAGAGCCACAAGAUGAAAACCAAAAAAGCACCGAAACAGAAAGGCGACCCUCAACAGAAGACCCGGCACAAAAAGACCUUGCACGACGCCAACUGGGACAUUGGUCUGGUCAACAAAAGCUGGGAAAUCCCGGCCGACGUCAAGGGCGCCCUGCCUGCGCUUGCACGCUCCAGCUUGCGACGCGCGAGCCGACCGAACACGGUGCCGCUCUCGGCCGAGGAGCGCUUUCUACAUGCUACCAAGCUCGUCGUACCGACUCAAAAAGUCACAGGCUUGCCACACGAGCUGCUUCCGGACGUCCCCAUAUACCUCGAAGAUAUCAAGGACGAUAUCCGCACCAAGCUCACGCCCGACGACCGCCGCAAGUACUUUGGCGAUGCGGGCAAGCACGACAUGCGCUUGGUCGCGGCCAAGCUUGGUCGACAAAUGUACAUGCACCAUGGCAACCUCCCCGACUUUAUCGCUGCGAAUCCCGUGAUCGAGCAGCUGGAGGCUUCGGACGAAAUCCAUGGGCUCUUUUCUGGCCAGCUCUCGGCGCGGCACAAGUUCAUUGCACUGAGCUUGGCGCAGAAGCUGCCGCUCUCGGUGCGCCUCUUGAUCCGCAACACCGUGUCGCCGCACUUGAACGUGUCGCACAUGGGCAUGGGGGACGAGAUGGCCAAGGUGUUUGCACAGUGUGUGCUGGAGCUGCCCAUGGUCACGAGCCUCAACAUACGCAACAACCGCCUCACCGACCCGGGCCUCGACGCCAUCGUGAGUGUCGUCACCCACAAGCGCGACCUAGUCUGUCUCGAUAUUUCCGAAAACAAGGUCGAUGGCGAUGCCGCCGCCGCCCUCGCCGAGGACGUGGGCUCCAAGCAGUGCGCACUCCAAGAGCUCUGCAUGGCCACGUGCGACAUUGACGAUGGCGAAGUCCAAGGCUUUGCCAACGCCCUGCACACCAACACAUCACUGAUGACGCUCGUCUUGUCACGCAAUCUCAUUGGCAAGUCGGAGAUGCUCAACGUCGUCCAGCCCGACCUGAUCACGGGCGGCGAGGCCAUUGCCAGCAUGCUCUGCAACAACAACCGACUGACCAAGCUCGACUUGUCGUGGAAUAUGCUACGUCUCAACAGCGCUGUUGAAAUUGGCAAGGCGCUGGCGGUCAACAAUGGCCUUCGGGAGCUCAAUUUGGCCUACAACGCGUUCGGAAACCUCGGCACGCAGUCGGUGGGCAUGGCGCUGCGUAAAAACAACUGCCUCCAAGUGCUGGAUCUGAGCCACAACAAUAUUCCUUGUGAAGCGGCGUUUGUGAUUGCCCAAGCGCUCAAAGUGAACGACACUGUCACCAAUAUUGUCCUCGACGGGAAUCCGCUGGGAAAGAUCGGCGGCCAAUCGCUGCUGCACGCCGUUGCGAGCACGGCCAACCACUCGCUGUCCAUCUCGAUGGCGAGUUGUAACUUUGACCUCUUUGACCCCAACACGUUCAACCCGGACGAAGCCACGGGCAACUACGACCUCGACAUGAACAUCCCGUACGAACGCUCGAUCAUGCUCGAGCUGCUGCGCUGUGCAGAGACCAAGACCGGCUGCAAGUUCAUCUCCAUCGUCCACGUUGUCGACAAGACAUCGCGGCCGCUGCAGAUCGAAGUCCGCGACGUCGUCACGGCCACGGGCGAGGCGCUUCGGCACCGCAACUCGGUCGCGCGCCGGGGCACACUUCUUCGUCGAACCAUGUCCAAAGAGAGCCUCAUCCAGCUCUUCCAUGAGCUCGAUAAAGACAACUCGGGCAACAUUGAUGCCAAGGAACUCGAAGACGGCAUGGCCAAGAUGGGCAUCCCAACCGAGCCUGGGGAGGCCGCGCGCUUGAUCUCUCGCUUCGACAUUGACGGCUCGGGCACUGUCGAAAUCAACGAGUUUAUCGAGCUCAUGGCCGUCUUCGAUGUCGCGCCGCGGCCCAAGAAGCAGAUCGUGGACGCGCUUACAAACCAGCCCUUCGAGGUGCCGUCGGCCGGGCGGCUCGUUGUGGACUUUUUGGAUUUGCACAUUCCGACGGAGAGCACCGAGGCGCACACGCGCGAGUCGAUAGCGCACCUGAUUCGAAACCUCAAGGGCAACAACGCACACGUGCAAAUGCUCUCGAUCGCCAAAAAUGGCCUCUACUUUCGGGAGCGCGAAGCGCAGCUCAUCAUCGACUCGGUCCUCGACGGCAGCGACCUCGUCGAGGCCAUGGCGUCCAUACUGCCGCACAUGAUCGACGCAUCGAAUGCAUGCCAGCUCAUCGAAUGCAACCUGGCCGACACGACCCAGCGUCUACGACUGCAGUAUUCGUUGCGCUUUGCGUAUGGCCCGAUCGUCGGAUUAUGUUCGGGGCACUACCGCCUCGAGAUGGCCGAGCCACUGGACCGUAUCGCCGCCAAAAAGCUCAUGGAGAUCAGCAACAAGACGAUGUUGUGGAAGAAGAAGUACGAGCUCCUCGACACGUCGCAGCACGCCAACUACCAGUGCUUCCGCAACGAAACGUUCAACGGCAAAUCUGUCAUCCUCGAAAAUGCCUUUUGCGACAAAAUCCCGAAAUUUGGUGUUCUCGAGUUUGACUUUGUGCACAUGGCGAGUCGACCCGUCGCGCAACAGAGUAAAUUCCAAUCGAUCGAAGCCAUGUCCGCAAAGCGCUUUGCGCAGUUCCUCGAGCGGAUGCAUGCUGUGGGCCUGGAUCUCGAGCCGCACACGGAGCUGCCGCGGGCGUACGGCACGCUCACACCAAAUGUCUUUGAGCACCUUCUCAAGAUGCAGCGCAACGCGCAGUACAACGACUACUCGUCGGGCCUCGCGGCCUUUGCCGAGGUCGAGCUCCACGGCGUCAAGAUGACGAUCUCGGUCCGGCGUCUCAUCAUGGAGCUGCAGUACCUGUUGUCGUCGCGCUGGAUCAGCGUCAAACAGUGCCUUCGCGUGCUCUGCAUGUGGCCGCGGGCGUUCAAAGCCGCGCGCGUCGACGUGAUUUUGCUGCUCAUUGACCGCAUUGUCGACCUCUACAGCGUGCCGCAGCUAUUUGCGCUACUGACCGAGCGAGAGUUGGCCGAGCUCAUCUUUCGCUAUGGCUGGCUCAAUCUGUGGUCGCCGCUCGUGCCUGACAUUUACUACGAGCUCGACAUGGCCAUCUACGAGCAGCGCGAAGUCGCCAAGAUGCUCGUGGCACUCGCACUCGCGGAACCUGGCGACAAUUGGCUCAACGAGACGUACGGCUGGAGUCGCGGCGACCCGAUUCCCGGCUGGCAGCUCAACCAGAGCUGGCUUGGCGAAAACGCCUUUCCAGAGAAAGGCUACUUGACCCUUCACUACUACUCGGGCGCCGACCUCGGCUGCGGACCGGUCUGGCAUGUGCGCGUCAACUUGUGCAAGCGCGUGCUCUCGAUGGCCCCCGAAGGCGCCAAGCUGCAAGAGUUCAUCCACCACUCGACGCAGCUCGAGCUGCGCACGGUGCGCGACUUUACAGCGCGCCCCGCGGCCACGAACCCGCCGACAGCCGCCAAGCGCAAGUAGAGAACCGUUUGACUUUGGUUUGAAUGACACAUCCACACUACUUUGUGCACCA